AUGCGUCGUGCCGCCCUUUGCACCGCAGUAACAUGCACUCUGGUGCCCGUCACGUCUGCUGCGCUCUACGAUACCGUGAUUCAGACUAAGUAUGGUGGUGUCCAGGGUUAUCCCGCCUUCAACAGCACCAACACUGGCAACCUAACCCACUGGAAAGAUAUUACCGUUUGGAAAGGUAUCCCUUUCGCAGCCACCACUGGUGGCCAAAACCGAUGGAAGGCACCACAGCCACCUAGCCCGUGGAAUGGCACGCUGGAUGCUCGCAACUGGGGUCCUGUGUGUCCAUCCGCCACUAGUGGUGAUAACGAUUACACCAUCGAUGAGGACUGCUUAAACCUCAAUAUAUGGAGUCCGGCAAAUUCCACCGAUGCUAAGCUUCCGGUUGUGAUGUGGAGUUACCCUGCCGAAUCCACCGCCGCCGACGCUCUCUUCGACGGUGGCGGCAUGGCUGAUCAGGGUAUUGUCUUUGUCAACUACAACUAUCGAACUGGCGCGUUUGGCUGGCUCGCUCACCCUGAGCUUUCGGCGGAGUUCGAGAAGGUCACUGGCUCCAACAGCUCGGGUAACUGGGGCAUGCUCGAUCAAUUUGCUGCACUAAAGUGGAUUCAUGCCAACAUCGAUGCGUUUGGUGGUGACCCCGACCAUAUCACUGUCAUGGGCCAGUCCGCCGGCUCUGCCGCCAGUCAGCACAUCUUGAACAGCAAGCUCACCAAGGGUUUAUUUGUGGGGGCCAUCAUCGAGAGUGGUGUUCGGGACCCCGAGGAUCCCUUGUGUACGAGCCUCGCCGAAGGAUACGCAACUCAGAGCGAUGCUCUUGAGACGGGUCAGAAUUACCUUUCGAAGUUGAACGUGUCCAGUAUUGCUGAGGCCCGUAACCUGACCAUGCAGCAAGUGAUCAACGGUGCCUCUGGCUCCAGUCGGGAAGAUACGAUCAUGUUUAAAGCUACUCUGGAUUACUAUGCCAUGCCCGAUACUUACUGGAAUACUCUGGUGAAGGKGCUAGCCAACGAUGUGCCGGUGCUAACGGGAAACACCAAGGACGAAAGUGGCGCAACCUACGGUCUGAACAUCAGCUUGGAAGAAUAUCUCUCGGAUGCGAACGAGGCCUACAGUGGUGUCUGGGUUGAGCGCUUCCUGGAGUUGUAUCCGGCCAAUGACUCGACCACGGCCUCUGGCGCCUACAACUCCUUGUUCACUGACCGAUCCAAGGUUGGCACCUGGUUAUGGUCCCAGAUUUGGGCUACGGCCCGGAAGAGCCCGGUUUACAACUACUUCUGGGAUCACGCUCCUCCUGGCCAGAGCUCUGGUGCUUAUCAUGAAUCAGAAAUAAACUAUGUUUUGAACAACCUGUACGCCACCAACAAGCCCUGGACUGCGGAGGACUAUACCAUAGCCAAGACUAUGAAUCAUUACUGGGCCAACUUUAUCAAAACCGGAAAUCCGAAUGGUGACGGUCUGGUCUUCUGGCCAGCUGUUAACUCGGCGGAGCUUGUUCAGCAUGUUGGUGACGGAUGGGGUCAAAUCAGGGUUGCCUCGAGCAAGAAGGUGGAGCUUUUCAAGAACUGGUUCGCCACCUUGGGGAAAUACUAG